CCUUGGUUCAAACUUUAAAAACGAGCCAAAGCAACGAUCUAGUCUCCACGGCAAACAAACUUUCCUCAAAAUCCCGCCUUUUAGUUUCAGUUUACACUUUACAACACUUUCUGCUUGCUGCAUUCAGUCGUUGUUCUCUCACUGUUCUUCUUCCCUCAGAGUUAAUUGCUUUCUCGGCCAUGGAAACCGAUGAGUCGGAGAGGGUGCUUCCAUUUCAGCUUCAAUUUGACAAACCGGCGCCUUCUCAGAUAAAAUUAGCGGAGUGGAAUCCGGAGAAAGAUUUAUUAGCAAUGGUGACGGAGGACUCGAAAAUUAUACUGCACCGCUUCAAUUGGCAACGAUUGUGGACAAUUUCUCCUGGAAAGUGUAUUACAUCAUUAUGUUGGCGUCCUGAUGGUAAAGCAGUAGCAGUUGGCCUCGAAGAUGGAACCAUUUCGUUGCAUGAUGUUGAAAAUGGGAAGCUACUAAGAAGUGUGAAGUCUCACAGUGUUGCUGUAAUUUGUCUUAACUGGGAGGAGGAUGAUGAACUUGGACAGGAUAACGAAGACACCACUGUGUCUUAUGAAGACCGUACAUUGCGUUUCUUCCCUCCUGCUCCAAGAGUCCCACGUAUGCCUGGAGUAGUGUCAGGAGAUUCCACUCUUACAGAUAACACUGAAGAUUCAUUUCAGGACCUACUAAAUACUUCACAUCAACGAUUUAACAUUCUAUGCAGUGCUGAUAAAGAUGGAGGUGUUUUCUUUAGCAUAUUUGGUAUAUUUCCCAUAGGAAAAAUUAAUAUACACAAUUUAUCUCUUCCACUGAUAGGCAAUCAAGUAGCAUAUCAAAUUCUGGAUGGUUCCAUUCAUAAGGUUGCUUUGUCAAAGGAUUUCUGUCGUCUAAUUAUUGUCUGCUCUGGAGAAACUUCUAGCAGCAGCACUCAUUUCAAUCACGGACCUUUGCCUGGACAUAAAACUGAGGGUAUGCAUUGCUUGGUGCUGGAUACCUCUAUUUUCCGGAAGAGGAAACAAGAGCUUCAUCAAGUCGCUCAACAAGCUUCCAGCAUUGAAGAUCUAACCGAGGUCAUUCGAGCGUCACUUUCGAUCAUGUAUAAGCAGUGGUGUGAUGCCAUGCAGAUAUUCCAUGACAAAUUCAAUUCUUUAUCUACACUAAUUGUUGAUAACGGAUUGGACUCGACACCUCAAGAGGAGUUUUUGAGUCUUCUUGGAGGCGCUCGAACUAGUCCACCAGUUCAUCAAUUCCUGGUCAAUUCUCUUGGUGAAUCGGGACUCAAGCGUGUGAUGAAGGCUGUUUCAAAUGCAGGAAAUGAACUUCAGCUCAUUCUCCUUGAUCAUAUUCAGCCAGCAGCAGAAAUGAUUGGAUUUAGAAUGGGAGAACUUAGAGGUCUUUCAAGGUGGAGGGCACGCUACGGGGGCAUUGGCCUGGAUGAAAAACUUAUAGAUAAUGCAACAGAGAGAGUAGGAAUGUUGCUUGUACAAGUUGUACGCUUUGUGCAGAUUCUUUCGUCUGCUUCCCAGCAGUUCUCAAAUUUUUUCUGCUGGCUAUUAAGGUGUAUAAAGAUACUUAUGUCAGAAUCUAGUGAUCAGCUUCCACCAUAUAACAGUGAACUUGUGAUAAUGUUUUUGAAGUUCCUCUAUGAUCGGGAUCCAGUAAAGCUGCUCCUAGACCAAUCUGUGGCUGACCAUUAUGUACAACUUAAUUUGGAUACAACACAGCGAGUUGAAGAACUUGUUAAAUUAGGGGGAUUUGCUGAUACUGAUUGCCUACACAGAACCUUAGCUAAAGAAUUCCAGAAUAUGGAAUCCAGUUUCAAGGAGGCUUUCAAUAUGCCCUAUACAACAAUUUCUAAGGAGAUAAUAUGUGAGCAGAUGCUACCUCUAUAUUCCUUUCGAUCCUCACCGCCAUCCACCCCUAGCAGUGUUCCGACAUCAAUAUCAUCGUAUUGGGAUGCUGCACCUGAUGUUUCAACAUGUGAGACCAGUAAAGGAAACCUUGUGGACUAUGUCACUUUCCAAAUACCUGAGUGGUCUUCAUCAGAAGUUUCAAAUUGUAUAUGCAUAUUACGAGGAGUUACAAAUGAAGCGGAUAAUAUUAGAAACAGAUAUUCUAGAGUUGAAGCCUUGCUGCUGUCUGUGUCGAAUGAUUUCAGUUGCAUGGAUUUGUCCCUGUAUAAAGAACGUCAGAUUGUUUUGCUGUUGAACGAAACGACAGCCACUUCUGACAGCAGUGGAAAUGCUCUUCUCAUGAUGGUGCAAACAACCGACCUUCCAUUUAUAUCUAUAUCAAGAUCAACCAGUAUGAAUUUUUGGAAUUUGGAUCAGUUGCAGGAUCAAAUAUUGCCCUUGCAAAUGGAGAGUGCAAAGGUUCGAAGUAUUCCUCACGAUGUGGUUUCUCCACUUGCAAUUAGUUCAUCGAGAGGUGUUGGCUGUGUUUUUGCUGCUAGAAAGCGAGCCUUAGUGUACAUUCUCGACGAAGAUGAAGAAGAAGAAGAAGAUGCCUCAGAUAUGGAUUAAAAUACUUGUUCACCAAGUGCUGUAUAUGAACUUCUCUGAGCAAGAAGAUACCUCAAAAAUGUACUUGUUACUAAAUUGAAGGUGAAUAGGCUGUCUGCGACAAACCUGUUUGUGAUGGCAGCUUCAUUAUGUUUUACAGUUACUAAAUUGUGUAAAGAAUUUUAUUUAUUUAUUUAUUUAUUUAUUUAUCA